AUGCCACGUUUACGAUGGCUUUGUUGGACUAUAACCUUAUUGGGUUUAACAUACGACGCAAAUGCAAUUGGCUUUAAUGGUAUACCCGGUGAUUACUGCAAAACACGAACACCAACCUGUUGUCCAAAUCGUGAUGACGAUUGUACAGUACCAAUUCUGGGCAGCCAUCUUUGCUACUGUGAUGUCUUCUGCGAUCGUGGUGCACGAGGUAACGAUUGUUGCCCAGAUUUUCAACGUGUUUGCCGGGAUACAACUGCACAGAUGGUAGAAGCGGAAGUGGAAACAUUAAGUGAAACAGAUCAAAUCUAUCAACUGGGACCCGAAAACAGUGUUGUACCGGUUGAAGCCAAAGAAAAAUUUGUGUAUCAAUCAAGCGGUAAGUAA